UAUUUAAAUUGCUUUAUUUCUACAGUUGCAGAUGCAGCCUCAGAUGAACAUUUCUUCAGACUCCAUCCCCAUCUAAAGUAGACAUCAUGGCCAGCUUUAAAACACAGUUCCAAUAUGUGACCCUGAUUUCCAGCUGAAUACAACUUACAGAGCUGGCAUUCUGUUCUAUUAAACUGCAAUCUUUGACAGAGAUGGCUGCCAUACGCAAGAAACUUGUCAUUGUAGGAGAUGGAGCUUGUGGAAAGACAUGCCUCCUUAUUGUCUUCAGCAAAGACCAGUUCCCAGAAGUCUAUGUCCCCACUGUUUUUGAGAACUAUGUUGCUGACAUUGAAGUGGAUGGAAAGCAGGUGGAGCUUGCCCUGUGGGAUACAGCUGGCCAAGAGGACUAUGACCGCCUGAGACCUCUCUCCUACCCAGACACAGAUGUCAUCCUCAUGUGUUUCUCCAUUGACAGCCCUGACAGUUUAGAGAACAUCCCUGAGAAGUGGACUCCAGAGGUGAAGCAUUUCUGUCCUAAUGUGCCUAUCAUCCUGGUGGGAAACAAGAAAGACUUGCGUAACGAUGAGCACACACGCCGGGAGCUAGCCAAGAUGAAGCAGGAACCAGUUAAGCCGGAGGAGGGCCGGGACAUGGCCAACAGGAUUAGUGCAUUUGGCUAUCUGGAAUGUUCUGCCAAAACGAAGGAUGGGGUACGGGAAGUGUUCGAGAUGGCCACCCGAGCUGCCCUGCAAGCCAAGCGUGGGCGCAAAAAGACCUCAUGCCAGCUGCUGUAAUUCCUCCCCAGCCUGCCUUCCCUGCCUGCCAGCCAAGCCAGUGAGCUGUUAGUUUCCGGGCUUGCUUCCCCUCUGAUAACUGUGCUGAAGGCAGGACUGGCAUGUCUCUUCAGAGGGGAAGCCCGUUAGAGGUGGGCAGGGGUUCUUCUGGAGCAUGGCAACUAACUAUGGAGGUGUGGUUCCCAGUCUGCCCCAGGCUCUUUCCAUCCCUAUGCAGGGGUGGCAUUUUCUCCCUUCCAUUACAGACUUCUGUCCCUUCUACAGAAGGCUGGAAGGUGCCAGCCCCUGAUGGGUCAGUGGGAGAUCUCUUUGUCCUUCUGCGUGCUUGCUCACAGCAGUCUUUGGGUCUCUUGUUGGUAGCCCAUGGCACUACACUGCUCCUGGCAGUUCCUUUGUAAAAGACUUCCUUCAAGAGUGCUUUGCUUUUAGUAACAGUCAGAGCUUUGAAUUGGAACUUCCAGCCCUAGGGAAUUUCCCCUGCCCAACAAGGGACUAACGUUCUGUAACACAUUUUAUCUCUUGGAAGUGGAAAGAUUUAGUCCUCCAGCCUAGGUGGCCAGAGUCCUCCUUGCACCCUUACCUUGGAAGACAAAUCAGUCCCUGAGAUGGCGUUCUGUUCUGUGAUACAGUAGAACCACUUUGGAUCAUUUCCCCUUCCUCAAGGCAAACAUAGCCCACUGAAAAGGCCACCUAACUAGAGAUUUUCUUUGAGGGCUUUCUCACUUCCCUGGACCCCACCCCUGAAUAAGAGCGUUUUUCCCCCAAUUUAAAUAUUUAAUCUCCUAGCAGCAAAGGAGGGAGCUCUCUGUCCUUCAAACUGGCCCUGGAGACUGGGCCCCACAGCCUGUCCCUUCUAAGCAAAAAUAUCUAUAUUUGUAAGCAGAGGUGCUAUGGGCCAGUUUGUUGCUGUUGGGCAGCUCUCUGGACCUCCUGUGGCUGGAAUAGCCACUGCCACAGUUCCAAGUGCAAAGGAAUUAACUAUGUUGCUUCUGUCUCUCUGCUCCCCUUCACUCCUGCUUCCCCCUCCCCCUUUGUACUCAUUGCAUUGCCACGGGGUGUAUGAUUUUUGUGUUUAAUUUGUAUUCACAUGUUUAAAAAGUGGUUGUUACUUUUCAAAAUGUACUUGAAAAACAAAUCUGUAAUAAUUUGUAGCAAUGUU